UCGUCUCUUCACUCCCAGUCACUCUCUCUCUCACGUAGUCUUGAGAGGCAGCUGCUUCAAAUUAGGGAUUUAGGUUUGGGGAUAGGGUUUUAAGUUUUAACCUCUCCUACGUAUGCAUUUUCAGCAUCUUCUUUAAUUGCGAUCUCCAAUGGCCAUGGAUCCCACCAAGAAACGCAAGCUAGACGAGAACGGUUUUUCUGCCGCCCCCGCCGCACCAACCGAUGGCGACAAUCACCUCAUGCUCACCCCUACGGACGCCCGCAAGAUCAUGGAGCGCUUCACCCCUGACCAACUCCUCGACAUCCUCCAGGACGCCGCCGUCCGCCAUGCGGACGUCCUGGCCGCCGUGCGCUCCGUCGCUGACCCCGAUGUCUCCCAGCGUAAGCUCUUCAUCCGCGGCCUAGGCUGGGACACCACCACCGACGGCCUCCGCAACCUAUUCUCCACUUACGGCGACCUCGAGGAGGCGGUCGUUAUCCUCGACAAAGCCACUGGCAAGUCCAAGGGCUAUGGCUUCGUCACCUUCCGACACGUCGAUGGUGCACUCCUCGCUCUGCGCGAGCCUAGCAAGCGAAUCGAUGGCCGUGUAACCGUCACGCAGCUUGCUGCAGCAGGCAAUUCAGGCGCCACCACUAACGCUGCUGACGUGGCACUGCGAAAGAUCUAUGUCGCGAACGUGCCGCCGGACCUCCCCGCGGACAAGCUGCUGGCGCACUUCUCGCACUACGGGGAGAUCGAGGAAGGGCCGCUGGGGUUCGACAAGCAGACCGGAAAAUCAAAGGGUUUUGCGCUUUUCGUGUAUAAGACUCCUGAGGGGGCUCAAGCUGCUUUGAUGGAGCCCGUGAAGACGGUGGAUGGGAGGCAGUUAAAUUGCAAGCUGGCAAUUACGGAUGGGAAGCAAGGGAAGCGAGGCGGGGCGGCGCCAGGAGGGGCUGAUGGCGUUCAGGGUCAUGGUCAUGGCCACGGUCACGGGAAUGCUCAUGGUCAUGGGGAUGGGAUGGGGAUGGCUCCGGCUUCUGUGCCAGGAACGCUUUCGGGUCAAUAUGGCGGCCCAGUUGGCAAUUUGGGUUCUUAUGGAGGGUUUGCUGGUGGGCUUCAGGGUCAGCCUCCCAUGGGGAGUCAUCCGUUGAAUUCUUCAGUUGGUGGGCUGGGCUCUGUUGGAAAUCAGGCUCCCCCAGCGAUGGGCGGGGCUGGAGGGUAUGGGUCUGGUCUUGGAGGCCAUUAUGGUGGUUAUGGUGUGCCUGGAUCUGUAGGCUUCGGUGGAAUGGGAGGUGGGGCUGCAGGUGGUGGUGCUGGUUUAGGAGGAGGCGGCGCAGGUGGUGCUGGCGCUGGUGGACUUGGUGCUGCUUUGGGUGGCGCUGCUUCAAUGUAUAGAUUGCCGGGUUCAGGCGGAAUGCCAGGUGCUGGGUAUCCUGAGAGUGGACAUUACAGUUUAUCAGCUUCGUCCGGUUACCAGAAUCAGCAUCACCCGCCUGCUGGAGCCUCUCCUGUUCCUAGGGUUCCUCCUGGUUCUAUGUAUCCAAAUGUUCCCCCUUACUACUGAGAUGGAGCUGGACCGAGAGGUCUGCUAAAACAAUAUGUAUAUGCUGGCUCCUCCAAAAACCAUGGUAGAUUGGCGGUGGUGCAUCCAUGCAGAAUAGGUAGAUGUGGUCUUGGUAGUUUGAGAGGACAUCAUUCACUCGAUUUUCGUGGCCAACUGUUUGUCCUGCUUGUAAUCGAUCCAAAUGUGUAUUCCGUGACAAUGGCUGUAUUUUAGUAUGCAUUUUGGAAUUUAUCUUGUACUUAUUAUUGAUAUUCAAUGUGCGUAUAUUUAAGGUUUAAGCAUUUUCAAUUAUUGGAUACGAAUUAAAAUGUUGUAUCUAUGGUGAUGAAAUAUUGUUCGCUUAAUAGAAGUGCUUAUUAUUAGUUCAG